GCGCGUGAACAUUGUGCAAACUUUCCCAAACCCAAAUUGAACAUUCUGCGCUGUGUUCUCAAACACAAAUUCAAGGUCACUGUGAUUAGUUCAGCAACUUUACAAUUGAUAUCAAAAUUAACUUCAAUAUACCUGAUUCUAGAUUAUUGUUUCAUUCAAAAUCCCUGCUCCUCGUGUCUAUCUAGUAACUCGUAAGUACUCGUUGCUUUUAUUAGCCUUCUUUUUGAGAUCCAACUGACGUUUUCAUUGCAAAUUCUUUAUUCAUGAUCUAUUUUAUUUAAUCAAAUUAAAUUAAACAUACUAUGAAUUUUCAUUUGUGGGGUUUUAAUUUGGUUUCCUUUUUAUCAAUUGGGAUUUGGGAGUGUUCUGGUUCAUAGUUGGAACUGUUAGUUAUCGGUAACGAAGGAUAUACGUGUUCUAUUAUUAUUGGAGAACAGUACCAACAGGAUGUAUGGUACUGUUUUUAAGACUUUGUUCUAUUAUAAGGUCCACUUUGUCUUUAGAUGGGAAUAAUUUAUCUUUUUGUUUAUUAUAAGACUUUGUUUUUACCAAAAAAAAUGUGAAUUUUUAUAAUAAAUAAUUUUUUUGACACAAUAUAAUAAACAAUUAUAAGGUCCAGUUUUUCUAAAAAUAUAGUUUCUCAUAUUUCAUUAGUUAGUCUUUUCCACAUCAUAUUUCAUGUAAUAUUCUAUUUGUCAAAAAAAAAAUGUCAUGUAAUAUUCUGAUAUAUCAAUUAAAAUUAAUAUAUAAAACAAAUAAUGGAAUUGACUCCAAUUAAAAGUUUAUUUAACACUUUUGUUUUUGUCCUUUUCCAUGGGUGAUGGAGAUCAUAUUGAUGGAAAAUUGAUCUGAAGUUUGUUCCAUGGACAGAGGAAGAAAGAAGGAAUGGAGUGAGGGAAGUAUUAAUGGGACAGGGUGAUCCAGCCGAUAAUUUAGUGUUGCCUAAUGCCUAUGUGGUCCACGAGUUUAAUACAUGUUAAAUUUCACCGAUUAAUGCAAACAUAGUUUAGUUGGAUUAAUAUAAAUAUAUUUUUUCCGUCCCAAAAUAAGUAAGAAAUUUUGAAUAUAUGCAUUAUUCACAUAUUUGAUCAUAUUUUUUUACUAAUAAAUAAAUAAAAAUUAGCAUAUAAGAUGUUAGAUUCAUCUCAAUGAGUAUUUUUAAAGGAUUUAAUUGAUAUGCACCGACGGUGUAAAAUAAUUUUACACUAUCAACCAAUACCAACUAUGUUUUCCGCCACAUCACCCAACUUCACCCCACUUUCCUGAUAUGACAUGACAAAAUAAUGGUUGUUUAUUGGACGAUGGUGUAAAACUAUUUUACACCGUCGGUGCAUAUCAAUUAAACUGAUUUUUAAAAUAUCAUAUUUUUAUGAUAUUUACUAGUAUUAUACAAUUAAAAAUAUUAAUCGUCAAAAUUUUGCAUUGGUAUGCAUGACGCAAUCAAUUGACUCGCUCUUUGUAGUACGGAGGAAGUAGUAUAUUUUUUAGGAAAAUGCUAAGCAAUGCCCCGGGCACUGUUUAAGGAUGUAAAUGUAGUACUCCAUCCGUCCCAUUUUAUAAGACCCUAUUUGACUAAAUACACUAUUCAUAUGUCUUGUUUUAACUGUAUUUUUCUACAAGUAUAUAAGUGUAAAUAUUAUCAUAUAAGAUCUUGUUUAAUUUAUUUCGACGAAUAUUUUUAAAAUAUCAAAUUUCUAUAAUUUUUAUUAUUGCACAAUUAAAUAUAUUCGUAAUCAAAAUUUGUUGUGCGUGUAGUGAUCAAAUAGUUAUCAUAUUUUGGGACGGAUGAAGUAAUAUGAUAUUGAAGUUUGACGUUUGUGCAAGUAAUUCCUCAAAAUUAUAAAAAUAUUAUUUUCAAUUUAGAAUUUUCCUUUUUUAAUUUACUUAACCAUUAUUCGGGCACCGGUUAUGAUGACCCUAUUUUUUAUCACAUGUGAUGAAAAAAACUAUAAUAAUUGAAUGAAUUGAUUUGUCAAAAAAAUUUAAUUGAAUGAAUUGAGCACGGGAUCCGAGACUGACACAACACGCAAAAAGCAGACACAGAUAGAAACAGAGGUGAACACCGACCCACCCGACGUUCGGUGCUCCGCUCAUCACCGUUGUGGCCCCCAUCCCUCCGUAUUUUAAAUUCUAAAGGACCACAUGUCAAACAUAUAGGAUAACAAAGAACUUCGACAGAUGGACGUGGAUGCAUCUGAGGGGUCAGUUAACAGCCCAUCGUCCCAGCAGCAGAAAGGGGUUACUGUGAAUGUGAAGAAUUUGAAUAUGAAUGCGGUGAAUGAGAAUGGUAUUGUUGGAAAUUGGUACACUUCAGUUGUUCAUCAAAUUUCAAUUUAUGGUGUUGCUGCUGGUUACUGUUUAUCUGCAUCAUUACUGUCAAUUAUCAACAAAUGGGCUGUCAUGAAAUUCCCUUAUCCGGGUGCGCUUACCGCCUUGCAGUACUUUACUAGUGCCGCCGGAGUUUUACUCUGUGGAAGGCUCAAGGUUGUCGAACACGACAAGCUUGAUUUGAUCACAAUGUGGCGGUUUUUACCGGCUGCUAUUAUUUUUUAUCUGUCACUAUUUACCAAUAGUGAGUUGCUGUUACAUGCCAAUGUGGAUACUUUCAUUGUGUUCCGAUCGGCUGUUCCAAUUUUUGUUGCUGUAGGGGAGUCGGUGUUUUUGCAUCGGCCAUGGCCGUCUUUGAAGACGUGGGCUUCAUUGGGUACUAUAUUCGCUGGUAGUGUGCUUUAUGUUGCAACUGAUUAUCAGUUUACAUUUGCGGCUUAUAUGUGGGCGGUGGCGUAUUUGGUUAGUAUGACGAUAGAUUUUGUUUACAUUAAGCAUGUGGUUACGACGAUUGAAUUGAAUACUUGGGGUCUCGUGUUGUAUAAUAAUAUUGAGGCUCUUCUGUUGUUUCCGGUGGAAUUGUUGAUAAUGGGUGAGUUGAAGAAGAUAAAGCAUGAGAUCACGGAUGAGUCUGAUUGGUAUUCUUUUCCCGUGGUUUUGCCUGUGGCGUUGUCGUGCUUGUUUGGUCUUGCGAUUUCUUUCUUUGGAUUUUCGUGUCGCAGGGCUAUUUCUGCAACUGGGUUUACUGUUCUUGGUAUAGUGAACAAGUUGUUGACAGUUAUGAUUAAUUUGGUGAUAUGGGAUAAGCACUCGACGUGGGUGGGUACAGUGGGACUUUUGAUUUGUAUGCUAGGUGGGGUUAUGUAUCAGCAAUCAACAAGUAAACCGAAAGAUGUAAAACAGGUCACUGUAGAAGAAACGGAGGAGGAACAGCUGAAAUUGCUUGAAAUGCAAGCCAGUUCCGAGACCGACAUUAGUGAUAUUGAAGUUAAUAAAUCAAGGGAAGGAAAUUGAAAUUAUGUUCAUGUACAAGAUUUCCAUACUCCUUUAAAGUGUAUUUUUCACUGGUAUCCGAUUUAAAAUAUGUUAUCAUUUUUUCAGAACCUUCAAUCCAUUAUUUGAUUACCGAUGAUAUCUCAGUGAAUAUCAAGCUCAUCGGAUUUCAGUAUGUAGCAUUUUGUUUACAUUAUAGUGGCUGUUAUGGAUCUCAGUGAAUAUCAAGCUCAUCGAUGUUUAUUAGUUAAAAUUCCUUCUUCUCUACAAUGCCAAGAUUUUCCCUUCGUAGAGAUGUAGUGAGUUCUCUACCGAAUUUCAUUGUAGAGUAUCUCAUUGUCAUCGAUCAACCAUUCUCUUUUCUUAGGAUUCUUUUCAACCCUCUAUCGAUCUUUACAACAAUAGCUAACUUUUCCUAACUUUUUUCCGUGUAUAUACCAUGUUUUAUUUGAAAUUUCAUUUAACUUUAUUUAUUUUGUA